GAUCCCGAGGGCAGCAGAGGUUUUGACUGCUCAUCUCGUCCUCUCUAAUUGCCACCUAUUGACCAAACCGGCCUGCAGAGAUGAGAGUCGGGAGCAGCUAAACUCAGCCCGGCCGACGCUAAUGGAUCAUCCACCAAUGACAGUGAUAAUAAUCCAUAAAGGGAGCUAAACCAACAGUGAACGCAAGCGGCCCAAAAGACGACUGGCAGAGAUGAGAGUGAUCCUGGGAUGUGCUGCCCUCCUCUCCCUCCUGUCUCUGUCACACGCCUGCCCGAAAGAGUGCAGCUGCAACAGCAACACCAAGGUGGUGGACUGCCGGGGUCGAGGCCUUUACGACAUUCCUCGCCGACUGCAUCCAGACACCCAGGAACUCUAUCUCCAAGACAACCGGAUCAGGGGGCUGGGAUCGAUGGCCUUCAGGGAAAUACCGCUCGUCCGCAUUCUGGAUUUAUCAAAUAACUCUAUAACGUCUAUUUCGCCAACCGCUCUGCUGGGUUUGAGGACUCUACAGCGUCUCAGUCUGGCCUACAACAGCCUCAGAGAGCUGGACAAGCGGAUGCUUGGACCCAUCCGCUCACUUUCACAUCUGGACCUCUCACACAACAGCCUGUGGGGUUUGUCCGGAGCCAUGGGGGACAGUUUACGGAACGUGAGCCACCUUGGGCUGGCACACAACAAGCUAACGCGAUUGGACCGCUCUCUGUUGGAGGCUCUGACACAUCUGGACAGCCUCACACUCCGAGGUAACCCCUGGAGGUGUGACUGCCAGCUCAUCGGCCUCAAACUCUGGCUGGAGACCUACCUCUUUAAAGGUGGAGUUGUGGACGAGGUGCUCUGCUCCCAGCCGGAGGAAAUGAGGGACAGAGACCUGCAGAAAGUCCCGUACCAGCUCUUCCACGUCUGCAUGACGACCAGCUACCACUACCUGUUCGCCAACCUGCACCACCUGGAGUCGGAGAGGCUGCUGCGAGGCCACACCCACGGCAACCACGCUCAUCCCUCCAGCCACGCUCUCCACGUCCCCAUGGCGAUGGGGGAGGGUUUCGUCGGCGGCGGGGGAGGAGGAGGCGGCGGAGGGGGAGGGGGCAUGCCGGAGUGUGAAACUAAGCAGAAGCACCGGCCUGUCAACCUGCGCCACGCCAUCGCCACGGUGAUCAUCACAGGCGUGGUGUGCGGGAUCGUGUGUCUGAUGAUGCUGGCCGCGGCGGUGUACGGAUGUGCCUACGCCGCCAUCAUGGCCAAAUACCAGCGAGAGCUGAAGAAGAACGAGGAGCUGGCGGCGGCGCAGGGGGCCGAUCACGCCACGGCGGAUGAGAAGGAACCACUGGAGAAUGCUAUCGCCUGAGGAGACGGUCACGUCCGCCCCAUCGUUCAAACACGGGCCGCAACCCUUUAACCUGUUAGUCUUCGGACGCCAUGCGUGACCUCGUGCAUGUAUGAGUGACAGAAAAGCGAAGGGAGAAUGAUUUUUGUUUAUCUUUUUGUGUACGUUCACCUCAUUUCUGAGAUGUGGGUAGCGAAAUUCCACAGGUAUUUGACUAUGCACUAACGAGAGGAGUAUCUUUUACUGUAUGCGGGUUCGACGGGCAGGCCAAAGACAUGGGAAUCCAUUAUGUCUGAAGAAAAAAAUGCAUAUCAACGUUAGGAACAAAUUGCUAUAUAUUUAUAAUUGUGUAUUUGUAGGUUUAUUAGUAAAGCUCUGAUAUUUAUAAAAAAAAAGAUGGAUUUUAGAAUUGAUUGAAUUGUCUUUUGUUUGUUGUUCAUAACUUUGAGUCUGUUGAUGUUUUACUGAAAACUCAUAGGAGGCAGCUGCUGUCAUUUCAUUUCUGUCCUGCGUUGUUGGUGUCAUUGAUGUGCGUGUGUGUGUGUCUGUGUCUGUGUGUGCACGCGCCUGCGUGCGUGCAAGAGCGUGUGCGUGGAUAUGAAUGCACAUAUUUCUGAACAUUGGGAGCGUUUGUGCCUAAUACCGUGAUUACCGUUCUGAGAAAGAAUAUUUUUCCGGUAACUUGAGAGAAAAUGGGGAAAUUCAUCGAAGCAAUAUUGAAAAAAACUUAAAGAGAAACUCUGAACCCUGCCUUGUUGACUUUCUCUGACUUUGGGAGUUCGUGGCUCUGAAUUAUCAUCUGGCAGUCGCUCCCACGCAUUCAGACUUUCAGCACUGCAACUUUUGAGAAGCGUUCAGUCUUGUUUGUGCGUCAAUGAUGAUUACAUAAUAGUAGUCAUGUCCUUCAGUAUGUAUUAGAUGAAAUAAAGAGAAAUAUUUUACCUGUAUGUAUGCUGGCAAUCAAUCUGAGACGGCCGUGUACAUGCAAAAAGUUUUCUUUUAAAACCA